GAAGGAGACGCACAUUGUCGCUCGUGUCCUCCGAGAACCCUAACUCUCGAUCAGUUUGCAUAUCGAAUCGAAUUACACGGGAUCGGACGUUCAGUGGGACUCAAGGUAAUCCGUAACCGGAGAGAUCCGAGCUCUCUCCAUGGCGAAUCCGAGGAAUAAGCUCUUGUUCCUGCUCUGCGCUCUGUGCAGUGCCUUAAUCGCCAUUGCAGGACAGAGUUACUACGACAUAUUGCAAGUGCCGAAGGGUGCUUCGGACGAGCAGAUCAAGAGAGCGUAUCGGAAGCUGGCAUUGAAGUACCACCCCGACAAGAAUCAAGGCAACGAGGAGGCUAAUAAGAAAUUCGCUGACAUCAGCAAUGCGUAUGAGGUGUUGUCGGACAGCGAGAAGAGGAGCAUUUAUGAUAGGUAUGGAGAAGAGGGCCUUAAACAGCAUGCAGCUAGCGGUGGCAGAGGCGGAGGAAUGGGAAUGAACAUACAAGACAUAUUCGAAUCAAUGUUCGGUGGUGGAGGGCGGAUGGAAGAGGAAGAGCAAAUUCCAAAAGGUGAUGAAGUGAUUGUUGAGUUGGACGCAACACUUGAAGAUUUGUAUAUGGGAGGUUCGUUAAAGGUUUGGAGGGAGAAAAAUGUUAUAAAGCCAGCUCCAGGAAAGAGACGAUGCAACUGUAGGAAUGAGGUUUAUCACAGGCAAAUAGGUCCGGGGAUGUUCCAACAGAUGACAGAGCAGGUAUGCGAGCAAUGCCAAAAUGUUAAGUAUGAACGAGAAGGAUAUUUUCUCACCGUCGAUAUCGAGAAGGGGAUGCAAGAUGGACAAGAAGUAAAUUUUUUUGAAGAUGGUGAACCUAAAAUUGAUGGAGAACCUGGUGACUUGAAGUUCCGCAUACGAACAGCUCCACAUGACCAUUUCAGAAGGGAAGGCGAUGACUUACAUAUGACUGUCACCAUAACAUUGGUUCAAGCUCUUGUUGGUUUUGAGAAAACCAUUAAGCACCUUGAUGAACAUUUGGUUGACAUUAGCUCGAAGGGGAUUACUAAGCCCAAGGAAGUGCGAAAGUUCAAAGGAGAAGGGAUGCCAUUGUACUACAACAAAAAAGGAGAUCUAUAUGUCAAUUUUGAGGUUCUAUUUCCCACUUCACUAACAGAAGACCAGAAAUCAAAGAUCAAAAAUGUUUUAGGCUAGGGUGCAGAGAGUACUUAGGGCUCUAAAACGUUUUUUACUGUAAUUUGACGGAGGUUAUUGAAAGUCAGAGGAAACACAGAAAUUUUCCCCCUCACUCUCUUUCACCUUGUUUUUUUUAGCUUUCUAGGACUAGCAAUUAGAUAGUUCAUGCCGAAAGAUGUCUCCGCUGUAAUUCAAUUGGAGUACUGCAAGUUGGGGACCUCUGCACUUUUGAGCGCUGUCUUAUGCCCGGUCGAGUUAUAGUAUUUCUCUCCCUUGUUUUGACUAAAUUUGAGAUGACUGAAUAGCAAAUUAGAAGCAACGGAAUGACAGAUAUUUGCUCAUAUAUUACUUGGA